AAGUGAACGUUUUAUAAUUGUAUUCGAAAAAUUUAAAACUUAUAAAAUCUUUUUGUGAUAUUUACCGCUGAUAAUAAUCAGAGAUAUCAUCGAAGUAGGAGAACUUUAAAAAAAUGUUGAAAAUCAAAAUAUAUUCAACAACAAACUUUUCAGUAAUUUUAAAACUCAAAUAAUAAGCAUCGAGGACAGAUUUAUCCUGUAAUUGUUUGGCUAAAUAAAAAAAAUGGAAUGUAGAAAAGUUCUUAUUGCAAUUGAUGGGAGCUCGUACGCAGAAAAAGCCUUUGAAUUUUACAUUGAGAACAUAUACAAAAAAGGAGACUUUCUUCUUUUGGUUCACUGUGCUACACCACCAAAGCUUCCACUCUUCAGUUUUUCAGAACCCUGUGUGUUGCCAUCGGACGAAUGGUUAAAUUCUAUUGUUAAUGAAAACAAAAAAAGUUCACAAAUUAUGGAAAAGUUUGAAGUAUUAUGUGAAUCUGCAAAAAUUCCAAAAAAAACAGUUGUUGCAACCGGUAAACCUGGUGAAGCUAUCAUAGAAGCUGCAAAUUUAGAAGGAAUAAACCUCAUAGUUAUGGGGGCGCGAGGUUUAAACGCUUUAAGACGUACGUUUAUUGGUAGUGUGAGUGAUUAUGUUCUCCAUCAUUCUAAUGUUCCUGUUACAAUAGUUCCUCCAAUCGUCUGAAACAAACGUUAUUCAAAUUUUCUUUUAAUUCUUAUAUAAUUUAUAACUUUAUAAUUAUUAUAUAGUCUAUACUGUAUAUAUUACAGGUCUAUAUUUUUUAAUAUCACUUUUAAUAUUUAAGAUAAGUUUUUCUACAUUUUUUUCUGGAAUUUCAUUGGAAUUUCUUUAUUUUAUCAUUUAUUAAUAUUUCAAGUAUUUAUCUCCUUUUAUUUUAUUUGUAUUUUUUUUUUUUUUUUUUUUUUUUUUUUUUUUUUGCAUUUUAUUGCCUUUAAUAAAUUUUUAUUUGUAAUUUAUUUGUACAAAGAGCUAGCAAAAUUUCUUAAUAAAUAGAAGAUUUUAAUUAUUUUAUGGUUUAAAGAAUAAAUCAGUGUAGAUUAA